UUAUCCUCUGUUUAUCUGAAUAAACAAUCAACGAGUAUGGGACAUGAAAGAGAGCAUCUAGAUAGUAAUUCACAAAACAGAACGCACUAUUUGAAAUCUACUCCAAUAGACUCAGAAACUCACCACCACAAAAGAAUAAAAAUUGAACCAACGUCUGACAGCGAUGAACAACGUCAGGACUACGAUGAGACUGUCCAGCGAUCAAUGCAUUCUCUAUUUCCAAAAAAUCACCACCAGGCAUUAAGAGAAAAUCAAAAAACUUCGUUAGGGAUAGAAAUCGACGAAUCAGAAUCGCAAUACACAUACAGCAAUUCAAGCUCACCACAGUUUCAGGGGCAGGAUCAAGAGUCAAGUUCAACUGGUUUGAGAAAAGUAGAAGAUUCAACUGAAAACGAAGACGAAGCCAGCAAGUUUUUACCCAAUGUACAAGUUAUAGCAGCAAGCGGGGACAAUAUCAUAGCAGUAGCAAAUCCAGCUCUAGCGAUGUCUCCAGCUUUAUUAUCACAUUCUUCUAUACGAGAGCGAAGGGAAGACGCCAAAGACUAAUUAGAGGUUUAAAGAAAAUAAAUUUAUUGUUAAAGAUAAAAGGGUGAAAUUUUGAUCAGUCUUUAUAGUCAGGGUCAAUCAAAAAAAGAGUAUAGGUAUCUCUGUUCUGUUUCGGAUAUGGUUCGGCAGUUGCCAGUUACUUAUAGUUUCGGACCAAAACCUCCGAACCAGGGCCAGUCAUAAAAUGAAAAUUAUGUAGAAAACAUGGUGAAGUUUUUAAAAUGGAACACAACUCACUCUGUUCCAACUGACAUGAGAACCGUUCUAGAACGGUAAUUUCCAGUUGCCCACCUAUUUUUCAAUAAGUUGAAUGUUUACCCAAUUGACAAAUGAAUUGAUCGACGGAAAAUUACCGUUCUAGAACGGUUUUCAUGUCGGUUGGAACAGAGCUAAUGAUGCUUCAAUAUGUAACAAUUAUAUAUCAUUGCUUCCUUUCUUGUGUCAAGUCUUUGGAUUUUUUUAAAAAUAUUUUGAUCGUUCCAUCCUCGGUUCCUACAUUUCCCUUUUGGUCCGAGAAGGUUCGUUCACAUACUUGUGGGCUCAGUUGAUAUUGGUCAAAGACUCAAUACCUAUGAUUUCUGUAAUAAAGCCUGAUUAAAAUAAAUGGUGUUUUAGAUAUAAUGAAAGAUACUGUAUUACAAAAUGUAUGUGAUAAUUUUUUAAAAGUUAUGGCAAAACAUGAUAUGAUAGUUACUAAAAAUUAGAUAUUUUACCCUGUGUCUAUUAUUUUUAACUGAGUAGAAGUUUUAAAUCUUAUACGUUUUUGCUUUGUCAUAUCUAUUGAGAUAUACCCUUAAAAGUAGUGGUUUGAGUAAUUUGUGUAAGAUUUUAUGAGAAAAAAGUUUAUAUUUAUAUUUUGUCUGGAAGUCAUGUAGUAGGGCUUAACCUAGAGGAGUACAUAUAGAGUAAAGAGAAAGGGACGUUUCAGGCAUACAAGUUUUAUUUUACUCAUGUGGAACGAUUUUUGCCGACCUAGAAAAGAAAUCAUGUUCAUCAAAGGUACAUGAGUACAUAACACUCUUAAUGCACAACAAUAAACAAUGUAUAAACAAAAAAAUAUAUUGGUAGUGCAAAUUUAUUUCUUUCCUUUUGCAUCAUUUCGUAUUCAUGUUUGAUCGGAAGUCUUUGAUGUAGACUCAGCAUGGCCAAUUAUAAAUAAUCAAUUUCAAACACGAGUGAAAUUUGCAAUUUUCGAGAAGGCUGCAUGUCAUUUAGUUGAUAUUUAAAUCAGCCUUUUAAGGCAAUAUAUUGAACCUUCAAUUGUGAUUUCACGCAAAAUAUAAAUAUAAACAUUAUGUAUGUGAUGUAUGGCCAUUUUAUUCUUUUAUCAUUAAGUAUAAAAUUAAUCUUUUUCACUAAAACCCAAAACUUUUCAAGUAAUAUCCAAAAAGCUCUGUUGUAUUUAGGCUCGGUUUAUUCAUCUUCAGAGAAACUUGAUGGUAACUAUCUGCAAAUUAUAUUUGUGAAAAAAACACCAAGUCGUGGUCUCAAAAAUUUUUAAUAUCAAGGUUACAUGUUUCGCCCAAUAAUGGGCAUCAUCAGA